AUGGACACACCCACACCCACCACCAACUCGGAAACAGGCAGCAACAAGCGCCACAACCGCGCAUCCUCAUCCACAUCCUCCUACAACAUCAUCAAGGGUCUAUCAAGUCUCCAAACAGUGACCCCUUCACGACAAGCAUCCAUCAAGAAUCACCUCUUGGCAUCCGAAAGCUUCGUCAAGAGACUCGAACAACAACCGCAACUCAAGGGACACCGUGGCUGCGUCAACACCAUCGCCUGGGACGAGACUGGCGAGUUUCUCGUUUCUGGCUCAGAUGACCGCAAACUGAAUGUAUAUAAGCCUUUGGAUGCUCAACCGUUGGUACACAGCAUCCCAAGUGGGCACACGCAAAACAUCUUUUCGGCAAAGUUCCUCACCGGAAGCUCAGCCCAGACCAUCAUCUCUUGCUCAGCAGACGGGAUCACUCGACUCACAAGCGUCCCUCGGUUCGUCGCUACCUCGCGCACGGGCGAUUGGUCUCCCAGUCCUGGAUUCAACUGUCACACUUCGAUGACCUAUGAAGUCAUGCCCGAUCUUGUCGACGGCCACAUAUUUUACGACUGCGCGGAUGACGGAAGGUUUAAUCGAUAUGAUACUCGGAUCAGGACAAGCUGCGACUGUGACGAAGACGAGGCAUGCGAGCGGCACACAUUCGUCAACAUCAACUCACACCUCUACCGCCCCCCCCUCAGAGACAUGUCCAUGGAAGACCGCCUCUUCCACACCUUCCGACGUCGGAGAAACGAAAUCGGCAUCUCGGCCAUCGCUCAGCAGCCCGAAAACCCAGUAUACUUUGCAGCAGCUUGUUCAGACGACACUGUCAGGAUCUAUGACAGUCGCAAGGUCGACCCAUCGAAUCACAGAGGCGCACAAGUUUACAGCUUUUCGGCCUAUGUCCCAGUGCAGUAUGUUGUUGGACCCAAUGGGGAACUUGAGCGUGGCGUCAAUCACGACAGGUCGUCGCUCGAGACUAGGAUCACAUCACUCAAGUACGACCCGUGUGGAACUGGACAACUCUUGGUGAGUUACAGCCGAGGCAACUGCUACUUGGUUGACCCUUCGCGACUGGAGACCAAGAGCGAUGAGGCGGCGCGUAUUUCUGCAUCUGAUCGUCGUCGGUCUUCCUCUCAGAGUCACGAGUCGCCCAAGGGUAAGCGGAGACGGAGUGUGAGUGACGAACCUGCUAAGAAGAGCAGUCCUGAUGGAGUUUCUUCCUUGAAGUCAGAGACUGUGACGGCCAAUGAGGUGGCAACGACAGGAGGUCAUGACGACAGCGGCACAGCGGAUCUGACGCCACCAGUUUCUCAGGAUGUCAAAGGCAAGGCGACCUUGAGAUCGAGCUCCAAUCAUUCGAAGGACAAGGGGGAGAGCGUGUCAGCACGGAAGCAGAAAACUAGAGCCAAGGUCGAACGCUCUGCCAGAACAGGGUAUUUUGGCAGUGUUAUGGAUGUUAAAGGGAAGGGCGGCGAUGAAGAUGACGACAAGGACGACGACGACAACGAUGACGAUGACGAAGUUGGGGAAGAUGAGGAUGAGGAUGAAGAGAUGAGCUUUGAGGAUACCGACGACGAGGGUGAUAUCAUUUCGCAAAAGUACAAGGAAGCACGACGCACGUUGCCGCAGGAGCAACUUGCAGAUGAUCGUGAUUACUGGCGGCAGCGAGCCUAUCUCACUGCCAAGUCGGACCUUGCGCAGACCUACUGGGGUCAUGCCAAUGUCAAAACCAUGAUCAAGGAGGCCAACUUUUACGGACCGAACAGCGAAUUUGUGAUGUCUGGCUCGGACGAUGGACGGAUCUAUGUCUGGAACAAGAAGACUGGCAAGCUGCUGAAUGUCGUCAGAGGCGACAAGAGGGUGGUGAAUUGCUUGCACCCACAUCCGUUUUCCAAGUUUUUGUUGGCGGCCUCAGGGAUCGACAACACGAUCAAAAUCUUCAUGCCGACAGCCGAAGAACGCGUGAACAUGUCCAAGGUUCGAGGCAUCAAGCGGCGGAUUGUCGAGCCCUUUGAAGUCAAACCUGACUCGGCUACUGGGCAGGAAGGAUGGCCCAAGGGCCCACCUGAGGACGAACUGGAUCCUGAGUAUGCGUUUGAGAGGGUGUUUCAUAUCCCUGUGGGGCUUGGUAGUUCCAUUGACCCGUCGGACGACAGCGAAAUCCAUACCAGCACGGACGACGAUGACGGUGUAGAUGAUGACGACGAUGACGAUGGAUCCGAUAUAGGUGUGGGAGACUUUUUGAGCCAUUUGCCUCCGCAUAUGGUUUUCCAGAUCCUUCGGCAGGUUAUUCAUCAGGAGGGGCAUGUCCACGAUGACGACGACCCGAGUGGCGACGAGGACGAGGAGGACGAUGAGUAA